AUGAUUUUUAGAUAUUUUCAUUGUAUGGUUAAUACACAUAACUUUCAAGGAAAUAAAAUAUUAAGCAAACAAUUUCUACAAAAUGAUCUAAACGCAUAUAAAAAAAACAUCAUCCUAACCAAUGUAUCAAAUUAUAUGAUAAAAGAAGGGGAUAUAAAACAAAAGGAACAAAUAAAUAACGAUCAAUUCAAACAUAAAUGUUGUUAUAAUUACGCCUUAAGUAAUAAUUAUUUUAUUUACCCUAAGUAUAAUUCGCUUUUUAUUAAUGGGAUUUUCAAUAACAUAAAUAAUAAUGUAGGCCCAUAUUAUGGGAAUAUAUUUUAUAAGGAUAAAAUGUUUUUUAGUGGGCGAAGUGGAGGAUUAAAAAGAAAAAAAAAAAAAAAAGAUGAAAGAGUAAUUAAUACAUGUUCUGCUAAAAGGUUAGAAUUUUUUUAUCCCAAAAAAAAAAGAAGACAGCGUGUUGGUUUAAUACAAAAUAGCAGAAAAAAUAUAGUCUAUGAUAAUGUAUUAAAAAGGUUUCUGGUUUACUAUUACAAACAAGGCAUUCAGGUUUUCCGAAGUUUUAGCUGUAAAAAAAAAAAAAAAUUUGAAUCUGCUAGGAAUAAAGCUAUAAUACUAUCCAAACAAUAUAAUAAAAAAUAUACAAGGAAAAGAAAUCUCGAAAAAGAUAACAGUAAAGACCAUUUGAUAAUUAAUAAUAGUACUAAUCUAGUUGUUAGGCAUGAUUAUGAUAUUCGAAAAAAAGUAAAAAUCGUUCCUGAUAAAAAUAAAAGUGGAUAUAGAGGAGUUUUUUACGAUUCCUCGUACCAUGCAUAUAUAUGCACUUAUAAUGAAGCGGGAAUUAGAAAGUACCAAAUUUUUAAAAUAAAAAAUAACGAUUAUCUUGAAGCUUAUAACUUAGCAGUCAUGUGCAGAAGAUACAAGCUUUUUAAAAAUUACCAAUUUGUUUCCCAAAGGAAUAGAGUGCGUAGUGGACGAAUACACCUAAAAUGA